GUACUAUGAAUUUAAAAGUAGUCACAAUUUCUUUAUUGAAAAAAAAAAAUCCUUAUUCGUAGCUUCCCUUUUUAAAAAAAUUCACUACUUUAGAUCAUGUCUGAAUUGACCAUCAACGUUGAAUUCAGUGGAGGUAUGGAACUUUUGUUCCAAAAUGUCAAUAAACAUACCAUCAAUUUCCCAACCACCAAUAGUUCAGGACAACCCUCUAAUCUUCAAGAUUUGAUUUUUUACAUUCGUGACAAUAUGAUGACUGAAAAGAAGGAUUUAUUUGUUGAAAAAGAUACAGUUCGACCUGGUAUUUUAGUAUUAAUUAAUAACGUUGAUUGGGAAUUAUGUGAUGAAUUAGAAUAUGAAUUACAAAAUAAGGAUGAAAUCGUCUUUAUUUCAACUUUACAUGGUGGAUAAAAUAGAAAAAAAAUAAAAUAUUAUAUUUGUAAUACAUAUUUUGCUGAAACAAUUAGCAAUUUUUUACUUAAAAAGUCAA